AUGGCGCCCAAGGCUCCAUGUCGCCAUGGCCUUUGCUGGUAUUAUGUUGUUGCUCCACACACGCCCCUGCUAGUUGCUUCGACUCUUUGCCCGAGCUUCGUUUUUUGUCAUGGACGUGGGGUAGCUGUUGAACCUCGCCAUGGUUCUGUCCAACGCCGCAAGUCCGACGCCAAGACCACCUCAAGUUCGGCUACAUGUAACACCGUGUACAACUACAUAUCCGGGAUGCGUCAAGUACCCCACCGUCAAGACCGGGACCGCCCGGAGACCACGGAUCUGUGA